AACGUAAAAAGUUAGAAAAACGUAAAAAGUUAGAAAAAGAUAAAAAGUUAGAAAAACGUAAAAAGUUAGAAAAACGUAAAAAGUUAGAAAAACGUAAAAAGUUAGAAAAAGGUAAAAAGUUAGAAAAAGGUAAAAAGUUAGAAAAAGGUAAAAAGUUAGAAAAACGUAAAUAGUUAGAAAAAGGUAAAAAGUUAGAAAAAGGUAAAAAGUUAGAAAAAGGUAAAAAGUUAGAAAAAGGUAAAAAGUUAGAAAAAGGUAAAAAGUUAGAAAAACGUAAAUAGUUAGAAAAAGGUAAAAAGUUAGAAAAAGGUAAAAAGUUAGAAAAAGGUAAAAAGUUAGAAAAAGGUAAAAAGUUAGAAAAAGGUAAAAAGUUAGAAAAACGUAAAUAGUUAGAAAAAGGUAAAAAGUUAGAAAAACGUAAAAAGUUAGAAAAAGGUAAAAAGUUAGAAAAACGUAAAAUGUUAGAAAAACGUAAAAAGUUAGAAAAACGUAAAAAGUUAGAAAAACGUAAAAAGUUAGAAAAACAUAAAAAGUUAGAAAAACGUAAAAAGUUAGAAAAAGGUAAAAAGUUAGAAAAAGGUAAAAAGUUAGAAAAAGGUAAAAAGUUAGAAAAAGGUAAAAAGUUAGAAAAAGGUAAAAAGUUAGAAAAAGGUAAAAAGUUAGAAAAAGGUAAAAAGUUAGAAAAACGUAAAAAGUUAGAAAAAGGUAAAAAGUUAGAAAAAGGUAAAAAGUUAGAAAAAGGUAAAAAGUUAGAAAAAGGUAAAAAGUUAGAAAAAGGUAAAAAGUUAGAAAAAGGUAAAAAGUUAGAAAAACGUAAAAAGUUAGAAAAAGGUAAAAAGUUAGAAAAAGGUAAAAAGUUAGAAAAAGGUAAAAAGUUAGAAAAAGGUAAAAAGUUAGAAAAAGGUAAAAAGUUAGAAAAAGGUAAAAAGUUAGAAAAAGGUAAAAAGUUAGAAAAAGGUAAAAAGUUAGAAAAAGGUAAAAAGUUAGAAAAACGUAAAAAGUUAGAAAAAGGUAAAAAGUUAGAAAAAGGUAAAAAGUUAGAAAAAGGUAAAAAGUUAGAAAAAGGUAAAAAGUUAGAAAAAGGUAAAAAGUUAGAAAAAGGUAAAAAGUUAGAAAAAGGUAAAAAGUUAGAAAAAGGUAAAAGGUUAGAAAAAGGUAAAAGGUUAGAAAAAGGUAAAAGGUUAGAAAAAGGUAAAAAGUUAGAAAAAGGUAAAAAGUUAGAAAAAGGUAAAAAGUUAGAAAAAGGUAAAAAGUUAGAAAAAGGUAAAAAGUUAGAAAAACGUAAAAAGUUAGAAAAAGGUAAAAAGUUAGAAAAAGGUAAAAAGUUAGAAAAAGGUAAAAAGUUAGAAAAAGGUAAAAAGUUAGAAAAAGGUAAAAAGUUAGAAAAAGGUAAAAAGUUAGAAAAAGGUAAAAAGUUAGAAAAAGGUAAAAAGUUAGAAAAAGGUAAAAAGUUAGAAAAAGGUAAAAGGUUAGAAAAAGGUAAAAGGUUAGAAAAAGGUAAAAAGUUAGAAAAAGGUAAAAAGUUAGAAAAAGGUAAAAAGUUAGAAAAAGGUAAAAAGUUAGAAAAAGGUAAAAAGUUAGAAAAAGGUAAAAAGUUAGAAAAACGUAAAAAGUUAGAAAAAGGUAAAAAGUUAGAAAAAGGUAAAAAGUUAGAAAAAGGUAAAAAGUUAGAAAAAGGUAAAAAGUUAGAAAAAGGUAAAAAGUUAGAAAAACGUAAAUAGUUAGAAAAACGUAAAAAGUUAGAAAAACGUAAAAAGUUAGAAAAAGGUAAAAAGUUAGAAAAAGGUAAAAAGUUAGAAAAACGUAAAAAGUUAGAAAAACGUAAAUAGUUAGAAAAACGGAAAAAGUUAGAAACACGUAAAAAGUUAGAAAAACGUAAAUAGUUAGAAAAACGUAAAAAGUUAGAAAAACGUAAAAAGUUAGAAAAAGGUAAAAAGUUAGAAAAAGGUAAAAAGUUAG